UUUUUUUAUCAAGAGGACCUUGUAUAAAUAGGACUGUUCCUUCAUGACGGGGAGCAGAUAGUGCCAACAUCGCAGGUUCGAGUUGGUCAUCCAGUACCCAUUUUUUUUUUCAAUUUAGACUUUAGUUGAGUCACUGUGAUAUAUUUUCUAUAAUCAGGCCGGUAGCUGCUGUAAAGAUGAGGGGUUAUAUUUGUGUGUUGGUGUGUGUUGCAGCGUUGUCUGUGCAAGCUCAGAAUCCCCAAAUCCCGGGAAGGCAACAACCGCCAUUCGGAAGACCCGGUCAACCUGGAAAUCAGCAACCUGGGCAACAACCAGGACAACAGCCUGGAGUUGGUGGGAGGCCUGGACAGCCGGGUGUACAACAACCAGGCUUCCCCAGGCCUGGAACCCCUGGUGCACAACAGCCAGGAGUUGGCGGUAGGCCUGGACAGCCGGGUGGACAACAACCCGGCUUCCCUAGGCCUGGAACCCCUGGUGGUCAACAACCUGGUGCUCGACCGGGCUUCCCUGGUACUGGAACUCCUGGGGGACAACAACCAGGUGUACAGCCAGGAUUCCCUGUGCCUGGAACUCCUGGUGGACGUCAGCCAGGAUGGGGACAACCAGGAGCUGGUCAACCUGGAUGGGGACAACCCGGAACUGGUCAGCCUGGUUGGGGACAACCUGGAGCUGGUCAACCUGGUUUUGGACAACCCGGAACUGGUCAACCUGGUUGGGGACAACCUGGAGCUGGUCAACCUGGUUUUGGACAACCCGGAGUUGGUCAACCUGGUUUUGGACAACCUGGUGGUCAGCCUGGCUUUGGUCAACCUGGCACUGGUCAACCUGGUGGACAGCCUGGAUGGGGAGCUGGCGGUCAACCUGGAGGAGGAUGGCCUGGACAAGGUGGAGGACAAUGGCCUGGCCAAGGUGCAGGAGGUUCCGGUGGCCAAUGGCCUGGCGCUGGCAGACCUAAUAUUGAACCUGUUACCCCCGAUCCCAGCAGGAGGGAGAGAUGCGCUAAAUAUUGGAUAGAGGAAGGAAACAGCUGUUAUCUAUUUGACAGUGGUGCCUUCCUAAGAAGAAUAUCAGCCAACAACCCAAUGGUUGUAAACAGUCCGGACGGUCUAUUCCAAGACACCGCCAACUUUUAUUGCUCGCAGAUGCACCCAAAUGCCUCACUGGUGACAGUCAACACCAGAGAGGAGAAUAACUUCCUUUACGAGUGGGCGGUCCGCAUGAUGGUCGAGCCUGUUCCUGUCUGGAUUGGUCUCCACGUCGGCCCAAGCGGACAGUGGGAAUGGUAUAGCAAGGAACCAGUUGGUAACUACCUACCCUGGGUCGAGCUACCAGGACCCCGUCCCCCUCCAAAUCACGGAGCCGUUAUCUUCGAUGCUGACCUGCAGAAUCAGAUCUUCAACAACCAGCUUGAGAUCACCCCACAGUGGAGAAUGGAGGAGGCCCGAGCGGAGCAGCACGCGUUGAUCUGCGAGUACCAUCCCGCGGAUCUAUAUCCGGUUAACCCUACUCCAACCAACACAGUACCUCGCACCGGAAUGCCGAAUCCCCGUCAACCAGGGCAGGGGCCGCGUCAACCCUGGCAGAGGCCUGGUCAACCCAGACCCGGUCAACCCGGAUUCGGUCAACCCGGCCCCCGUGUACCCGGCAGGCGACCAGCGAUGAUGAACCACCGGGCUAACCUCAUGAAUCUAUUGAGCGGUGAUUUCGGAGGUUCCCUUCUUCGCGAGGUUCCACGGAACAGGCCAGCAAACUACAACAACAGUCCCGUCUAUGCCGUCCAACCAUGAACACUCUGAAGGGCUAGUCACUGCAUCUAUACUCCUCAAUAUAACUUACUUUAUGCAACUCACGGUGGAUGUUGCGAGGUCGUCAAGCAAAUAACAAAUAAAUCGAAAGUGGUCAGAUUUGCCUCAGAUCCGACUGAGGGCGCCUUGUAAGAAUAAGUACAUCUCUACUAAUAUUUCCUACAAGACUGUCUUCACUAUGGAACUUGAAAACAUUUUACCUUCAGCUGUUCAGCAAACUGAGAAGACACUGUGGAAAAUAUUGGUGUAAAGUUUCCUGUUUUGACUAGUACCAGUAGGUCCAUAUCCCCGACUGUACAAGACCCAUUACGCCAAAAACUGACUUAUAGGACCCGCAUUAUCAAUUUAAAUUGUCGUUUGGUUUUGAGACCUUGAAUUAGACCAACUGGAUAUUAUUAUACAUUAGACCAAAUGGGUGUUCGUCAACAAUGUAAUGUUUUCAAUUAUAACUUUAUGCAGGAGUCAAAAUGAUGCUUCUCUGCGUGUUCAAUUCGAAAAAUACGAACACUGCCGUCCCCACAGCCUCUUGACGGCAUUACUGCGAUCAUGUGUGUGCAUUUGUAUUUGAUUUGCCAACGGUCAAUGGCAACUCAACUUUCUUUUAAUGUCCCUUGUUUGAUUUUGUAAAAUGCGCUUGAUUUUCGAUUGAGCGUGAGUUUACUGCAACACCCCGUAGGUAUAUGUUACGAUAAAUAACGCAUUCACGUUUUUCAAAGUAUAUUUUUCAUUAAAUGAGUGAGGAAUAUGCGGGCUAAGACUAGAUGUUUCUGAAAAGAGAAUGCCAUUUCCAUUUCCCAAUGUGAUGGCUAUUAUGGACGAUAAGCCACUACCCUUUUUGCUUCAAGCUUGUUUUGUACAUUUUGUUCAGUAAUAAAAUUAAGUUUUUUUUAUUUUAA